CCACCCAAGGGCACAAGGAGGGGACAAGGACCCCCCCAGGCCACCCCCUGCCAUGUCUGAGCAGGAGGAGAAGACCCUUUGUGGGGACCGUGAGGGGACAUCCCCAGGAGUGACCCUCAGCGACAGCCUCGUCCUCACCAGGAGCAGAUCCACGGAGCUGCUGCCCUCCUCCACCAUCCGCCUGGACCGGGAGAACAUCUCCUGCAUCGGGAAGCUCCGGGAUCAGGGAGGGAUCCACAGCCUCUACCUGCAGCAGAACAAAAUCGAGAGGAUCGAGAAUUUGGGCUGUUUUCCCAACCUGAGGUUCCUCUGCCUGGCUGGAAACCGCAUCCAGAGGGUGGAGAACCUGCAGGCCCUGCCUCACCUCUGUGCCCUGGACCUGUCCCACAACCUCAUCCAGGUGCUGGACACAGAGGAGCUGCCCCGGAGCCUCCAAAUCCUGGAUUUAACGGGAAACGAGUGCACCCGGCAGCAGGGAUACAGGUGGCCAGGGACACCCCUCCGGGGAUCCCGCGGGUCCCAGCGAGCUCCUGGUGGUGUCCAGUCCCGGAGCAAAGCUCUGGAGAAGGAGACUGGUGCCAAAGGAACAGGGAAUAGGCAGUUAUCCCAAAUAUCCUGCAGUGGUCGGGAGUAA